CCUGUUUGGAGUUUAAGUCAUUUGGACCUGAGAGUGAAUGCAAACUGAAGAAAAUGAAGAUCCAAAUUUUGGUGCUGGCCUUUGCUUUGGUGGUUGUGAUCACUGCAGCACCAGCCAAAAAGGCUGCUGCAGUAGACCCAGAUGAAGAUGACACGAAGGCUCUAAUGGAUGCAUUUUCCAAGCACGGCCCUGAAAUAAUGGAACUGCUCAAAAGCAUCACUCUUGAAGACGCAAUGUCCGACCCCGAUGUUGAUGAGCUGGUGGAGAGCAACAUCAACUCCACUGAAGUAGAUGAGGUGGUGAGCAAUAUCACCUCCGCUGAUGUAGACGACCUAGCAGACAGCGACUCUGAUGAUGACACAGACUCUGACGACGACACUGACUUGGCUGAGCUGGCAGACAGUGACUCUGACGAAGACUCAGACUCCAUCGAUGAUGCUGACUUAGAUGAGCUGGCAAGCAACAUAACCACCACUGACAUAGAUGAGCUGGCAAGCAACAUGGACUCCGCUGAUGUAGAAGACCUGUUGGAGAGCACUAUUAACUCCACCGAUGUAGAUGAGCUAGCAAGCCACAUGAACUCCACUGACGUAGAUGAGCUAGCAAGCAGCAUGGACUCCAGUGAUGUAGAAGACCUGCUGGAGAGCACUAUUAACUCCGCUGAUGUAGAUGAGCUGGCAAGCCACAUGAACUCCACUGAUGUAGAUGAGCUGGCAAGCAACAUGGACUCCAGUGAUGUAGAAGACCUGUUGGAAAGCGCUAUUAACUCUGCUGAUGUAGAUGAGCUGGCGAGCAACAUCAUCUCCACUGACAUAGACGACCUGGCAGACAGCGACUCAGAUGAUGACACAGACUCUGACGACGACGUUGACUUGGCUGAGCUGGCAGACAGUGACUCUGAUGAAGACUCAGACUCCAUCGAUGAUGCUGACUUAGAUGAGCUGGCAAGCAACAUAACCACCACUGACAUAGAGGAGCUGGUAAGCAACAUGGACUCCGCUGAUGUAGAAGACCUGUUGGAGAGCACUAUUAACUCCGCUGAUGUAGAUGAGCUGGUAAGCAACAUGAACGCCACUGACAUAGAUGAGUUGAUAAGCAACAUGGACUCCAGUGAUGUAGAAGACCUGUUGGAGAGCACCAUUA